CACUUCUCUAAGGUUCCAAUCUUUACACAAUUUAAUGGUUCUCUUCUGAUUCUACUUCUCCACUUCUUUCUCUCAAAAUUCAUCUCCUCAAUACCUUUUAUUAGCAAAGAACAACUUGCUCAAAUCCCUGUUAAUUUCCUUCACCUCGAAAAGACCAAGAUUUUUGAUUAUAUGGUAAGUAUUAGGAGUAAAAUUCACGAGAACCCAGAACUUGCUUUUGAGGAAUUUGAGACCAGUAAGCUUGUUAGAGCUGAACUUGAUCAUUUGGGCAUCCGUUAUGAAUAUCCAGUUGCUGUUACUGGUAUUUUUGGCUAUAGUGGAACUGGUGGGCCGCCUUAUGUUGCCAUAAGAGCUGAUAUGGAUGGUCUGGCAAUGCAGAAGGCUAUGGAGUGGGAGCACAAGAGUAAAGUUGCAGGGAAAAUGCAUGCUUGGCAUGAGGUCCAUGUUGCAAUGCUUCUUGGUGCUGCUAAGAUGCUUCAUGAGCAUCGCCACGAGUUACAGCGAACGGUCGUUCUUGUUUUUCAACUAGCUGAGGAAGGACAUGGGGGAGCCAAGAGAAUGUUGGAUUCUGGGGUUCUCAGGAAUGUCGAUGCCAUCUUUGGAAUAUAAGUUUCUACUCUAUUUCCUAUUGAUACAGUUGCCUCCAGACCUGGCCCUGUUUUGGCUGGCAGGGGUUUCUUUGAGGCUGAGAUAAGUGGAAAAGGGGGGCAUGCUACCAUUCCCCAGCACACAGUUGAUCCUAUUUUAGCAGCUUCCAAUGUGAUUGUUAGUUUACAGCAUCUUGUUUCACGUGAAGCUCCCUUGGAUUCACAGGUAGUAACAAUUGCGAAAUUCCAAGGAGGUGGUGCAUUCAAUAUUAUUCCAGAUUCUGUUACAAUUGGUGGCACAUUCAGGGCAUUUUCAAAAGAUAGUUUCAUCCAAAUUAAACAACGUAUUGAAGAGGUUAUCACAAAACAAGCUAGCGUUCAGAGGUGUAAUGCAACUGUCCGCUUUAACGUAGAUGAAAAACCCCUCUACACAGUGACUGUAAAUAAUAAAGAUUUGCAUAAGCAGUUUGUAAAUAUUGCAAUAGCCAUGCUGGGUGCCCAGAACGUUAAAGAAAUGCAACCACUAAUGGGAGCAGAAGACUUCUUCUUUGCAGAGGCAGUUCCUGGAUGCUUCUUCUUUCUUGGGAUGAAGGAUGAGUCUCACGGACCACCUGGAUCUGGUCAUUCACCAUAUUUCAGAGUUAAUGAAGAGGUGCUUCCAUAUGGAGCCUCCCUACAUGCAUCAUUAGCUGUGAGGUACCUCCUGGAAUAUCAACCCGAAUCCAGGACAACCAAGGAAAACUUAAUCGAUGAAUUAUGAAGUACAAGAGCCUAUGUAAUAAUGGAUGAAAUGUCAUGAAACAUGAUCAAGUUGACAGCUGAGUAUCAGAAACUGCCUGAUAAAGAAGUUAGAAUUGAUAUUCGACUAUUUCAGGCCUGCAGAUGUCAAUGUCAUCUUGAAUGUGCAUUAUCAUAUUUGCGUCUUUGUUGUUGUUGUUGAUCUGUGCUGUUUAGAACUUUGAUUACUAUCUUCAACAUGAGUUCUCUCUCUGUUAAUGGAGGAAAAUUUUGUACAUAUUGACAUCCAUCAAGGAAUAUGUUUGAUUUUUA